AUGACAGCCACGGGGCCUGAGAUGCACGAAAGCGUGUCUACACCGGGUUCAGAGCUGCGUGGCACAGCUUCCAUGCUUUCGCAUGUCAACAGCUCAAUGUAUCGUCUGCAUGGUGGUUCAGCACAGCCUCGACGCUCGUAUAGCCGGACAACGAUCAUGACAGAAGCUGGGCGCCAACCGUGGUACGACGCAGACGGCAAGCCCAUUGCACCGUAUAUCGUGGGUGUUGCAGGCGGUAGCGCAAGUGGGAAAACGUCCAUUGCGAAGGAAGUGAUUCGUCUUUUGCCGAACAUACCUUGGGUCGCCAUUGUAAGUCAAGAUGCCUUUUACCGGCCCCUGACGCCUGAGCAAAUCAAGAUGGCAUUCAACCAGAACUUUGACUUCGACCAUCCCUGUGCUAUUGAUCAGGAACUGCUGGUACAAUGUGUCAAGGAUCUCAAGGAGUCGCGCGCCGUACAGAUUCCCGUGUACAGUUUCACACAGCAUCAGCGCACGUCUGAAUCGACCUACCUAUAUGGCCACGCAGUUAUCGUGGUUGAGGGUAUUUUUGUGCUACAAGACCCGGCUCUUAGAGAGCUUUUGGACCUCAAGAUAUUUGUGCAAACAGAUCCUGACAUCAUGCUCGCCAGGCGUAUUCGACGCGACAUUCUUGAUCGUGGGCGGUCGGUAGAAGGCGUGUUGGAUCAGUACUUGCGCUUUGUCAAGCCAUCAUUCGACACAUUUGUCAGUCCUUCAGCACGCUAUGCUGAUAUCAUUGUACCUGGGCUGAACAACAAGGUUGCCAUCGAUGUGAUUAGCCAGCAUAUCGGUAAACAUCUCACUCGAUCUCGCAGCUUGCGACUCAAAAUGGAUGCAGAUCAUACACUUUCCUCUUACAUGUCGAUGCGCAUGCCACAUCAUAUAUUCCCAUUAGCUCGUGUCAUUGUCGGCACCACGGCAGCUGGAACACACUCACAUUGCGUGGAACAUGAGCCUUUUAAUACGUCCCAACCAUUUGUAGCGGUGGACCAAGUUUUGCCGCUUCCACCCAACGUUUGUGUGAUUAAACCCAAGGCUCAGCUUCAGGCUCUUCUCACAAUGAUGCACAAUGUUGAAACUCCAGCAGGUGAGUACGCAUGGGCAUGUAAGCGUACUGGUGCUUUUGUGGUCGAAGAGGCCAUGAAGUUGCUGCCUUACCGGGCACGGAGCGUCGAGACGCCGCAAGGCGAAAUGCAUCAAGGUCUCGAGUUAGAUGUGGAAUACAUAUGUGGCGUGUCAAUUCUCCGGUCAGGCGCGAUGCUGGAACAUCCGCUUCGCCGAGCGCUGCCUGCCCUAUCGCUUGGAUCAUUGCUAAUCCAGAGUUCCGAUUCAAACUACCACCCCUUGUUGUAUUCUGUUGAGCUUCCAUCGUUCGUUCGAGACCGCCAGCGUGCUGCACGGACUUGGGUGCUGCUGACAGACGCACAGGUUGGCACAGGUGCCGCAGCCUUUAUGGCCGUCCGUGUUCUGCUGGAUCACGGUGUGCCAGAAAACCAGAUUUUGAUCUUAACUCUUUUAUCGUCUGCACGUGGUGGUGUUUGGUCUUUGUAUCACGCAUUUCCUCGUAUUGUUAUUAUCACCGCCGGUGUAGACCCAGGGCUGCAGCGGUUUGAAUGGCAUGCACCGCUACCGGAUCGUGCUCCGUCAGAGGAUCAUUAUCCGAAGAGAAAGUCUUCCGAUGCUUCCGAAGAUGGUCAUCCACAAGAUCGUGUGGCAUUUGCCAUCAUACCAGGUUGCGGUCAAAUGGGCGACCGGUUUUGGGGUACUUAG